AUGGACGUUCUAUCGGUUGAAGCGUGCGUCCAGGCAGUCGUAUCUGCGUAUCGUGACGCCACGAAGCUUGUGCAGCGCCUGAAAGACAAGCAAAGCCAUGGUCAGGACUUCAUUCUUCCAGAUGAUCUCACCAAGGAAUUUGAGGAUUCACUCCAGCUCGGCGGCUUAGCCAUUCAAUCUCAGUACGACCAUGACGUUCGUCGCUUUGGCGAGACUUAUGCCCGUGGCGACUCGACUGGAAGAGAGCAAAUGAAGGAUAUUUUAAUCACCUUGCAACAAGCCGUCAUUUCUCACCUACGUGAAGUCUAUAUGGAUGAUGCCGCCCUCAAUCUCCAUGCCCUCAAGGAAACCUCAGAUGACUGUCGAGUCAAUGCCACUGUAUGUCUGGGUCAGCUGUACCAGCGCAUGUCGAGUGCCACUGCCGCCGUCAAGCAAAGCUCCAAACCAUACAUCGAUAGCACCGAUCCCUUACAACUACCUCCCUCUUUGGCCUAUUCCAGCAGCCGAAGCACCCAUUCCUCAUUCGGUGGCCAACCAUACGACGCCCAAUCAUCAGCAUCAUACAACACGUAUAGUUCCAAAACCGCCACCGAGUUCAACCGCAAGCCCGCUCCAAGACCGGCUCCUCAGCGACGGAUUUCCUUGACGUCGGCCGUUUCCUACUCAAGUGAGAUUCGGACGCGUGGUGAGGACAAUGUUCUAGCAAUCGCGUCACCAAUGUCGAGACAAGUCAGCCAAGGACAGGUUUCUUCCAGCAAAACUCAGACGACUCAGGUAGAAGAGGAUGAUCGGGCAUCUCUGCCUUCAUCGCCUCCCCCCUAUGUUCUAAGCCCCACUAUUCAGACGUCGGACGAAAAAGGCCAGAAGUUCCCUCCAAGUUCGACUUUUUACCAACCACCAACAAAGACCGUGGGUACGAAUGCAAGUCAGCCGCUGUCGACAAGGGAACUUCGUGGUACUCUAGACCAAAAUGCUUCUCUGACAACAAACAUCAUACAGCCGAUCCAUGAGUUGGAUAUCACGUCGCCACCAAAUCUCCCACGGCCUGGUUCCGAUUCGUCCUCGCCGGGGGCUGCUUUGCAGGCUCAGCCGCGUAGGGUCUCUUUGAAUCAAAUAUACAACACUCAGGAAUAUGUAGAAUCCUUGGAUAAGAAGAGUCGACCACCUGCAGAACUCUUGGCAUCGCGAGAGUACCAACAAUACCUCCAGCAGCUACAGAUGCAGCCUCAAUAUCGAAUGGAUCCCUUACUGGGCCAUGUCCGGCGAAAUGAGCAUCCCUAUAAACAUGCGGCAGAUCUUCAUGACCAGUCGAUUCACCAACCAAACGAUGUAGAAACUGAUCGGCGCAUAUACAAUGAUGCCUUGGCCAAGUCACCUCGGCCGUCUGGAGGUUCACUCUUACAAUCUUCAUUGCCAGGUCAGCAUGUGCAACAACAAAAUUUGGCCCUCGCUCGACCGAACAAGGAUGAUGACAACAGUUCGAAUUCUCCGACCUCUCCGACAGGGUUGCUUUCUCAGUCCAAGAUGGGGCUCUCAAGACCAAGACCUCUGUCAAUCCGAUCGACAAGCUCGACUUCAUCCAAGAUAGCAUCAUUUGCCCUUCGCAAAGGCCUUCCUCCUGGCAUUGCCGAAGCCAUUCAAAAGCCCACGCCGUCAGCUCAUGAACAGGCGAUCCACAACCAACCCCGUUACGUGAGGCCCCAGUCUCUCAUAGUAGCGCAAGAUACCCCCAAAAUGGGAUCGUCAUCCCCUUGGCCUGUUGUUGAAGGUAUGCAGAGCCCGUUGGAGGAAGAUAAUACCCAGAUGGAGAUCAGACAGCACUCCUCGUUGGAGUCGACAAUGAGAUUUCCUGGGUUGACAUCGUUGCAGAUCAGCCGGUCAGAAUUAAAUCUGCCCAGUGAGUCGAAUCUGGCGGGAUUCUGCAAAGGUGCGGUGCGACAGCAAUUGGGGGCACGGAAAAAAGGGUUUGGAGUGGAACACAAAAAGGGGAGCAAAGGGUUGGAAUACUUCAUGAAAUGCACAAAGUGUAACUUUGAAGGACCGGCAUCGGUUUCCAAGGCUCUUCCUAGUGGAGGGAGAGCAGCAGCCAAGGUCGAGAAAACUUACGACAAUAAGGUGCGAGUGGCUGAGGGCGGGAUCAAAUACCGAUGGAUCUUUCUGGCCAAGAGCCACGUGCUUAAUCGGGGCAACGUCAGCGAUUUGAAAAACAGCAACGACAUCUAUGGAUGCUACUUCUGCUGCGCCGAGGGGGCAGCCAAGGGCUGGUUUGACAACAGCGUGAAUCUGCAUCUGGCAACAUUGGGGGGAUUCGGCGAAGGGACCAAAGCGACGGCCGUGACAACACCAACGUUCAAUGGGCUGGAUGCCUUUAUGGAGCAUCUGGUCAGUCACCGACUGCCUGGACGAAGGCCUGGAUUGAUUGUGGCCAACGAGAUGAACUGUAUAAUUGGAAGGACGGCACACGACAGCGAAGAUUUCGACCUCAACCUACCGGCUUUGACAAGCUGA